AGGGGAGCUCAUGGAGCUGAUCCGGACGGAGGGCCGACGGAUGACGGCAGCGCAGCCGUCCGAGACCACUGUGGGCAACAUGGUGCGGCGAGGGCUGAAGAUCAUUCGGCCGCAGUAUGGCAGGCUUCAUGGGCGCAGUGAAGAAAGCGAUCAGCAAGAAUCACUGCACAAGCUUCUGACCUCAGGAGGACUCAGUGAGGAUUUCAGCACCCCUUAUCCUCUCCUCAGAGCUAAUGUUAUUGAAGCUAUUAACGAGCUGCUAAUAGAGCUAGAGGGCACCACUGACAACAUCGCCAUGCAGGCACUGGAGCACAUCCAUUCCAAUGAAGUGAUCAUGACCAUUGGCUACUCGCGCACCGUGGAGGCCUUCCUGAAGGAGGCCGCCCGUAAACGCAAGUUCCAGGUCAUCGUGGCGGAGUGUGCGCCUUUCUGCAAGGGUCAUGAAAUGGCUGUCACACUAGCUAAAGAGAACAUUGAAACUACCGUCAUGAGUGAUGCUGCUAUUUUUGCUGUCAUGUCUCGAGUCAACAAGGUGAUCAUAGGCACCAAGACCAUUCUGGCCAACGGUGCGCUGAUCGCCGUGAGUGGGACGCACACGCUGGCUCUGGCAGCUAAGCACCAUUCCACUCCACUCAUUGUGUGUGCCCCCAUGUUCAAGCUCUCCCCACAGGUGAGAUCCUGGCAAAGAUAAAUGUUCACUGCCCAGUAUUUGACUACGUCCCUCCAGAGCUCAUUACUCUCUUCAUUUCCAACAUUGGGGGUAAUGCACCUUCCUAUAUCUACCGCCUCUUGAGUGAGCUCUACCAUCCAGAUGACUAUGAACUCUAACUCUAAUGCCUUGAAGCAAGUCGCUGUCCAGACUUUUCCUAUCUCGAGGAAGAUAGGACAGCUAAUUAAAGCGUAUGUUGCAAAGAUGGGCUGCCGUUCAGCAGAGGGAAAUCUGCUCAAUGCAGUGUCUUUCCUAUCCAAAAGCAACAGAAAGCAGAGCUCUUGCACAGCUUUUGAUCCCUCUACUGUGUUAUGAGCCCCGUGGAGCUGCUGCUACAAUUUACUUUUGAACCAGCAAGGCAUACAUGUAAUUUUCUGGGAAAGCCAAGCUCUUACUUCAUAGUGUGCUGCAAUAAAGGCUGUUUACAGUGA